UUACCGUUGGUCGAGGUUAAAAGUAGCUUUUAUUCAGAAUAGUAUUCAGUUUCGCUCUAAAGGUGUACAAUGCUUUUUCGUAGUCAGAACAGGCUAAAUAUCUAUACAGAACACCAGCGUACUGUGUCUAAUACAUUCUGAUUAUACUACACAUAGCUCAUUUACGCCCGGGACUUGACAAUAUACAAAAGUUAGACAUGGAAAGGACUACAAAUAAUGUUCCUGCCUACAUAAAACCUACAUUAUCCUCGCUUAGACGCAGUGUAAGAGUAGCUCCAUCUUCAUCAAGCCUUUUACACUCACUAUUGGAAGAUAGAACUUCUUCUUUUUCAAGGGACUUUAAAAGGUCAGCUAGCUUUAACUCGCAUCGAAGAUAUGAACCAGGAAUACGGACGGAUAUAAGUUUUGUUAAUAAGCCAAGAAAUCAGGAUACCUUUGAUAGACAUGCACAUCUCAAGGUCUACGGGAGACGAAAUACUACGAAUCCGGCUCAUAGAAUUGAAAUGACGGAAGAUGACUUGAAUGAUGGUGUUAUCUUACCUUCGGUCGUUUAUCACAUAAGGAAUAUAUUAGAGCAAUAUCCUUGCCAUGGACAAAUUCUGUAUGAACUUCUACAAUAUGCCGAAGAUACCGGCGCUAGAAUAUUUAAAUUACUAGUUGAUUCAUCCCAGGAUGCUGUUUAUAUUUAUCAUGAUGUGUCUCUUAGUACUACUGAUUGGAAGGCUUUUCGUAAUUUAUGCGAACAUCCUACAAAACAUAAAGAUAAUCCAAAAUCAGGGCACUUUGGUUUAGGUUUUAAAAGUCUUUUUCAUCUAACUGAUAUAGUUCAUGUACUAAGUGAUAGAAAAUUAGCUAUAAUUGAACCUCUGAAUAAUGCAUCAACAACGAAAGCGUUCAAAUUAAAUGAAAAACCUGAAUUAUUUAACCUAUUCAAUGGUUACUUUGGUUGUAAUGAAAGUACCCUUAAACAUGGUAGAUUCCAUGGGACAAUUAUAAGAUUCGUCCUCAGGCAGAAUGCUUCUAAAAUUUCUUCUACAAUUUAUACAAGUCAAAGCCUACAAUAUGUUAUAGACGAAUUCCAAGGACAUUUGCAUACUUCUUUUUUAUUUAUGAAUAAUAUUGAAGUUGUAGAGUUAUUAGAAACAAGAAGAGAUGAAAUUUGUUCGUCAUCAAGUGCUCAUUUAGCCCCUGAAUGCUUACAAAAGAUCAGGGAGUUUAGAAAUGACAUAAGGAAUACUCAAGAAAUUUCUAGAUCAGCUUUAAUUAUAGUAAACGUACUUAAAUCAGGAAAAGAGAGAACUUAUAAAUGGAUUAUUGGAGCUUACAAAACUGUCAGGAAUUUAUCAGCCAUUUGUAAAAAUAUUUUAAAGGAGCUUCCCCUUUAUCCAUACGCCUCUGUAGCCUUACCUAUAACACUGGAUGACUCUACAGUAUGGACUCAAGCGGACGGUAUGGAAGGAGGUACUUUUGCGUUGUUACCAUUGGAACCCCAUCCAAACUUUAUAAACUUACCAGUUCACGUGAAUGCGCGUUUUGCUCUAGAGUUAACAAAACGAGUUAUGCUUUGGCCCCGAUCAUAUUAUGGUUCAGCUGAUGUUCAAAUGGACAAGAGACUAAUAUGGAAUAAAUGUAUUGUAAGUGAGCUUGUACCUGUUGCCUAUGCCGCAACUGUGCUUGCUUCAAUAGAAUUUUGUAAAAAAGGACUAAUUACAACCGAACAAGUGUAUAGAGCAUUCCCUCGACUGGAGAGCUCAUCAACGGCCUCUCUGUCAGCAGUUUAUGGAAAUAUCUUUAAACAUCCAGUCAUAUAUACUCAUUCAAAAGAAUGGGUUACGGUUGAAAAUGGUGUAUACGAUACAACAUCAAAACUACCUCUAAACGUUCGUAAUAUACUUGUUCGCUGCGGUUUAAAUUUAGCUAAUAUACCUGAUCAUGUGAUGGAAGCUGUUCGACACUGUAAUAUUAGCAUUAGAAAAGUAAAUGGACCACUUUUAGCUACUGUAAUAAGGAAUCAAACGGCAAUGAGCGAAAUUUGUAAGCUAGAUCUACUAGACUACUUUUGUACUUCGGAUGUCGAUUUUCUUUACGGUUUGCCUCUAUUACCACUUCAAAAUGGAACUUUUGUAAAGUUCGAAUCCUCUGAGAGAAAAAUUUAUGUCGCAAAGAGAAGCGAGGAUGUUGAAAUCUUACCAAAGGCCUCCUACGAAAGGAUUAUGCGUGUGGACUUAGUAAAGCACGUUAAACAAAGUUUAAUAAAUGCUUCUAGUCGGCACUUUGCUCAACUUAGAAUAUUAGAUAUUUCAGUUAUCGCAGAACUGCUAAAAACAUAUAUCAUUAAUAUUCCCGAACUAAAUAAAGAAACUGAGAGAUGGUUGGCUAAACUUUGGUUCUAUAUUCAUAGGUUUACACCAUUUGACCUCUCCCGAUUUGAAGGCCUACCAAUUAUUCCUAUAGACAGAAAAAUUGUUCGUCUCUCCUCGUCAUCGGGCAUGAUUGUUAAACAAUUACAUCACCUGCAUUUAAAUGAGGAUAUUCAAACUAUAUUAGUACGGAUGGGAGCUAAUGUUAUAACCAAUUUGCCCUCAUAUCUAUCGGGAAAUUCGCAUCUGUGUAAUUUUUACAUCAAACCACCCACUUCUCAUGGAGUUUGUUCAACUUUGGCACAUUUAUGCAAAUCUAAUGAGAGUGAAUUUUUUGAAAAAUUCUUUACUUCGACAACUGCAAAUGAGAAAAAAUCUUUACGUCAAUUGUUUAUGAAAUUAGAUUAUAGCAUUGGAAAAAGUAGUCUUAGAGAAUUUCUACGUAAUUUACCUAUAUUUGAGACUUUAGAUGGCCAUUUUAUAUGCGUUAACGAAACAAAUAUUGCUGUACAGUCUAUUAAUUUACCAGUUCCUUUAUGCAAACCCGUAAUUAAUUUGUCGGCGCUUCCAUGUGCUGAUAGUCUAGCCACUCUAUUGGGAGUCAGAUUACUUAGCCACCAAGACUUCUUUGUUGAAAUUGUAUUUACAGCGAUAGAGAGUGCUUAUUACAAAAUUGGUGAAGUUACCGAGGUUAUGAUUCAUAUACUUAAGAAUUAUUGUUGUACUAUGACAGAAACUUUUCAAAGCGCUCUUGCUGGGCUCCCAUUUAUUCCAAAAGGAGAGACUUUAAUGACUGCUGAUAGGUUUUAUGACCCUGAUUCAAUAGUCUUACAACAAGUAUUUAAAGGCGAGGAUAAUUUUCCAACGGGCCCUUUUAGACAACCGGAAGUCUUGCAGGUUUUAAGAAAAGUGGGCUUAAGAACUGAUGAAUAUGUAGAACCCGAAGAUUUGGAAUGUUGUGCACUUGUGUGUGAUAACGAUGUUGAAAAGAGCCUAGCUCUUAUUGAAUACGUUUGUCGAAAUUCUUUUCUACUUCACCAGCUGUGCCACGACGCGCCUCUUUCUGCUAAAUUAGCUGGUAUACAUUGGAUACCCGUUUUGAAAGAGAGACCUCCCCAAUAUCCUGCUUCGUUAGACUGGCAUUGUGAAGAACAAAUAGUCAGACCUAUAGAUAUAUUCGAGUUCAAAUAUUCAUAUGUUGUUGGGUCUUUAAAAUCAGCUUGCUGUCAAGAAUUACCUGGGAAUAUUAGUGAACUAUGGUUUCAAACGCCAUCUGCCGAAGAUAUUGUUCAACAUUUAAAAAACGUUGUCCGAUGUUAUUCAGCAACAGAGAAAGGAAAAUAUUUAUAUGUAACUACCCAAAUUUAUUCUGAAUUAUUUAAGAAUCCUAUACAAAAAGUUAGCAACCUUCUUGAAGGAGAAAAAUGGGUUUGGAAUGGUCAAGGGUAUUGUGCUGUGGAGGAUAUAGUCUUUAAAAGGCCUUUUAUUGAUUUGCAACCCUUCAUUUACCUUCUACCUUUAGAAAUGAUGCAAUUCAGGCGUUAUCUUUCAGAUUUAGGGGUAAAAGAUGAUUGUUACCUGCCUGAUGUUUUAUAUAAGAUUUAUAGAAAGCACGAAGCUGGUGCUAACGUUGAGAUGAGCAGAGAUCUUCAUUUAGCAAUUUCCAUUCUAAACGAAAUAAAGUCACGAUACGAUGAUAUACAUUUAGAAAAACUAAAGAGUUCUAUCUAUGUACCUAUUAAAUCAGAAAAUCAGAGACAAUUGAAAAUGGAUUUGGCGGAAAAUUGUCAUUAUUCAACAAAUGGUGAAAAUAUACCUGGAAAGAAUAUUGUUCAUCAAUCUGUUCCCGUUAAUACUUGCAUAGCAUUUAAAAUAGAAAAUGCGAUCGCAAAACCUAUUCAACAGGACGAUAUUUAUACAACAACAACUGGCGGUGGGACAAGAAUCCUGAAAGAAAUUAUAUCUGAAUUAACUCCAACUUCGGUUGUUCGAUAUUUUUUAUCUUUGGCCGAAGAAUGUAAAGCAAAUGAAUUGAAUAUUUUAUAUGAUACUAGAGAAAAUUGGAAACAAAAAACUUUAAUCACUGAAAAAAUGUCUCUAAGUCAAGGAAAAUCAAUUUGGUUUCACUUUAAUUCAACAUUAUCAAGAGAUCAUAUAGAAAAAAUUACUGCUGAAAAUCACCUUAGUGAUUCGUUAGGUUUUAGUUGCGUCUACUCAAUCACAGAAACACCUUCAAUUGCCACAGAUGAUCAAUUAAUUAUUCUUGAUCCUCAAGGUACCUAUCUUCCGCGAAAGAAAGCGGUUCAAUUGGAUGUUAAAAAGCAUUUAUCUCUGAUUGAAAAGUUGUCUGAUCAGUUCGAAUUGUAUAAAAAUGUAUUUGGAUAUAACUUUCAAGUUUAUAAUGGAACUUUGAUACGAUUGCCUUUACGUAUAGCUGAACAGGCAGAAAUCUCUGAAAUAUCAAAUCAACCUCUAUCUGAUGAGAAUGUUAGAAGUUUAAUUAAUGAAAUCGAUGAUAUUUUCCUUAUUUUUUGCAAUUAUGUUAAGACUAUAAAUAUUAAGAUAUUAAAAAAUAGUCCUAAUAGUUGUGAGCAUUUAAAGUUGAUAAGAAAAAUUCAUAAAGCAAAUUUACCUCAUUGGCCAAAAGCCGUAUCAGUCUUUCAAAUAGACACACAUCAUUCUGGAAAGUCAUCAACAACAACCGACUGGUUAACAAUGAAUAUAACAGAUGGAUGUAAUGCGCCAUCUGUGGCAGUUACUACAAUUGAACAACGGGACGGUUACGAGUUCUCUAAAGAAGGAGCCCUAAUAAAUUCCUCAUAUAAUCGGGCUCCUUAUGACGGAUUACCAAUAUAUAUUUACUAUAGUAAAAUUGAAACGUUCCAGGAUGAAAUUGAAAUCGAUGAACUAUGUAAUUUGUAUUUAGAAUUACUGCUGUUUCUAGCAAAUUCUAAUCGACCAACGCCAUACUACUCCCUUUGGCCGACGUCCACAGAGCCAAUAAUGAUGUCAAUGGUUGAGGAAUUUCUUCAACGAGUAACAAGUGAGGAUAGAUCAGCUCCAAAAAUCUGGUCUGAUGGUAAAAAUUGGGCUAAUGUUAGUGGUUCUUAUUUCAUACCGGAAGGAACCCAGCCAUAUUGUGUUGUGGCAGCUAUGAAACAAAUUCUUGUUGGGAAAACAGUAAUUGAAAUACCAGAGGCUCUUUGUACAAGAUUAGAGAAGGCAAACGUGUUUAGCACAAUUAAAAAGAGGUUGUAUGAUUUUAGAAGAUUCUUUAGAGAGAUAUUUUUACCAAAUUCUCACAAGUUGAGGGAAGAAAUUCGUAACGACGUUCUUAUCAGAGCACUGUCUCAAAAAGAUGAGGACCUUAAUGAAGCUUUAGGUACUUUUCCAUGUAUACCAACUAGCCCGAAUGGUCAAAAGUUUGCCAGAUUAACAAAUUUAAUUGAUCGUUUAAGCGAUUUGGGUGAGUUGUACUCAGUCGAAGAAGGGAAGUUUGUCUACGAACCUCUAGCCCAAUUUUGUUCAAAGUUCGUGCUUCGGCGAGAAAUUAAUUGGACAGAUAUAGCCGAAAGGUUAAAGACCAUACCAAACCUUAAAAAGGAGAUAGCUAAAGAGAAAACUCGUUUAGCGUUGAAUGUCCUAGCUAAAAAAAUUGAAACUGAGAGAGAGGAAGCUGAGAAAUUUCGAAAAACUUUGGAGAGCUUAAAAUUUCUUUGGGAUUUCCAUAAAAAAUUCUAUGUUGCUCCUAAUAAAGUUUAUUCAUCCAUAUAUUCGCCAUUAGUUAGUUAUGUUGCUCCAGUAUUCGAUGUUGAACUAGUGGACGAACAACACCGAACAGCUGUUGAAGAGUUUUUGUUCACUUUAAGACCAUCUGUUACUAAUGUACUGGAGCAAUUGGAAUGUGUUAUUAAAACCGCAAGUGCUUUCGACGAGACCCAAAAGAUUAUCUAUGCUAUUUAUGAUUUCUUACAAGAGCAGCCAAAUUUUGAGGAUAUUGUUAAAAAAAUAAGGAGUAAACCUUGCAUCUUUUCUCAAGGUCGAUUUUUAUUUUCUAAUCAAGUAGCUUUAAACUUCAAUCAAGUGUGUCCGCCUUGUCUAUAUGGAUUAUCAGAAGGAUUUAAGAGACGAUAUGAAAAACUUUUAAAAGCCCUUGAUGUGCCCGAAAUGUUUGGAAUUGGUGAUUAUGUCCAGGCAUUGGCCGAAUUAAAAAGCAUGUAUGAUGCAUCUGCAUUAGACCAAAAUCAACUAAAGGUGGCGCUAAGAGUCGUUGCGUUAUUGAACGAAGCUAUGUCGGAAAAUGGAUUGGUGUUAAAUGACGUGACUUCCAAAUAUGGCUCCGUUUAUAUACCUAACUCGGAUUGUGUCUUAAGGGAUUCAAAUGAGCAAAACAACGUAUGGCAUCCACACAUACCUUUUGCCCUUCUUCGUCAAUUAAAACUUAACAAAGACACACCAGUAAAAGUGUGUACAUCUGCUGAAAGGCCUACAUGGAUGAUACAAAGAUCCCUUAGCGUUUAUCCUAAACAUUCAUGCAUAUUCAAAGAGUUAGUUAGAAAUGCUGAUUUAACAGGCUGUACGUCAAUUGAUCUGGUUCACGAUAGAAGGCAACAUGGUUGUAGGAAAAUAUUUAGCGACAAAUGGAAAAGUCUCCAAGGUGCAGCCCUGUUAAUUAUAACUGAUAAGCCAUUCGAUUACAAAGAUAUAUCACUUGCAUAUAAUAGUGUCAAUCCUUCAACUUCAAUAUUUGGGAAUUUUAACUGGGUGUAUUAUCUAACAGACGUUCCCUUAUUAUUAACGCAAACCGAAAAGAAGAAGCAACUUUAUGUGUUUGAUCCGCAUAUGUCGUUCAUUUCAGAGGUAGCCAAUAAUAAACCCUGCAAAAAGUUCGAAGAUAUCGAUGAGCUUCAAAAGCAAUAUCCCGAUAUUUUUAGCGUUUUUCCAAAAGAAGAUAUAUUUCCUAAGAGCAAUUAUACUAUUUUGCGUCUACCAUUAAGAAAUGAACAAGUCGCUGCUACCUCUGAAAUAUCUGGUGAUAUUAUAAAUUCAGAUUUGCUUGAUGAACUCUUAAACGCUUUCAAAUCUGAAGCUAAUGAUAGUUUUGUUUUCUUAUCUAAUCUAAGACAAUUGAGAAUAUGGACAAUUAGCAGUGAAGGUAAAAAUCUUGUCAAGACUCACGAAACGAAGACGAUGAUAAAAGAGUACGAUGAUAAUUCACAUGUUCUUCAAUUGAAGGAUAGUACUGGCUUGAAAGAAAAAUGGGCAAUAUUCAAAUCUCCCGUUAUUCCUUCUUCUGAAGUUUACAAGAACUCGUCAAAAAUCUCUGAUAAUAAAGAUUUACAUCCUACAGUUUCUGGCUCUAUUGCUGCUAAACUAAAUUCUAAUGAACAUAGAGAUAGACCAAGGAAAUCAUAUUCUCACUUACCUUUAGCACCUAAUGUCCCCCUUCCUGUUCACGUAAAUGCGGAAUGGAUGCUUGAACAUGAUUCCAGGAGAAAUUUAUGGCCCAUUGAGGAGGAUGGUGUCAAGUGCGAAUGGAAUAUGUAUAUAUUAGAACAUAUCUUGGCACCCUUAUAUGUAUCUAUGAUGAAUAAAAUACCUGUUCAUUUAUUUCCUUCGCUUCAACAAUGUCACGGUGAAGAAAAUUGCGGUCUGAUAACUUUUGGAGAAUUGGUUCAGAUUUCGAAUUAUUAUUCACUGUUUCCGUCUUGUCCACGAGAAAAAGAUUCAUAUUGGUACCACCUUGUAACGUUUAUAUAUGAAAGGAUGAAAAAUGAUCAAACUCCAUUAUUUCCUGUUGUUACGGAGGAUGAUCAAGAUCAUUUUAAGAUUAAGUGGUUAUCAUUUGAUAGCCAACCUAUAUUUGGUACUACCUGUAAGAAAGACGAUAGCUUAAAAAGAAUUCUAUUAAAUUGUGGUAUGAAGUUAUUGUCCUUGCCAAAUACUGUAUGUGAUACAAUUAAUGAGCUUAAGCUAAAUGUUAAAGUUUUGUCACCAAAAAUUGUUCGAAAAUAUCUUCGAGAGGAGAUUUCGCCUCGACUACCUGAGAAGAUUGCUAAUACGGUUAUUGUCAACAUUAAAAGUUUAGAGAUUCUUUUAAAAUAUUGUUUAAAAGAUACUGAAGAUGCUAAAAAUGAUUUAGAAGGAUCACCUUUCAUACUAACGUGUGAUAAAACCUUAGAUGUCUUUCAAGAAAAGCGAAUAAUCUUUUUAAAUAAGAAUUAUCAGUAUUUACCAUCUCUACCUAACUUAUUCUUACAUUCGGCUAUUGAAGAUACUUUCCAACAGCACAUAAACUUAAAUAGUCAUCAUUUAAUCAAUAAUUUUGAUACUGAACAAUUGGCAAAUUACUUGUCAAAAACUCUUGAUCAAGAGAUUUACCUAGAUUCGAGUGGACUUGUUGAAUGGCCAAAGAAUGUCAAAAAGUCUUGGUUAAGAGAUGUAUGGAAAUUUUUAUACGAAAAUGAUCUUGGACCAGUUGAAAGAUGGGCCCUAAUACCGGCUCUAGUCAAAGAUGGGGAAAAAUUUAGAGAAUACCUUGUACCUAUAAAUCUUGGACAUAUUGUGGCUGACUUUCGUCACGUUUCUGUGGUGAAUGUCUCGAUAAGAGACUCGUUGAGAGCUUUGGAAUUGGCAGAGCUGGACUACAAGUUGCUACCGUCGAAUGUGUGUGAUUAUCUUGGAUCAAUGACAUCUAAUUUGGACAAACCAAUUGAUAUGCUUAAGUGUAUUCACUAUAGACUUGGACGGUUUGACUUAAGUGUAACACUUAAACACGACGAUGCUAUGAAUGUUCUUAACUACUUCCGCCUUAUCAUUGACGAGUGGAUCAAUGAGCCCGAAGCUGUAUCGAUGAUGAAAAAAUUACCACUAUAUUUUACGAGUGAUUCUUCUUUCGUAUCUUUGGAAAUUGGAUCAUUUUACAUUCUUCCCAAAGCUACACCUUACGAAGGAAUUAAAAUUUGGAAACAGGAUGCAACAUUUCUGCUAUAUUCGCAAAAGCUUAUGAAAUUAUAUGAAUCAUUGGGUUGUAAACCAUUAUCUAUUAGGGAACUAUACGAGGAAUUUAUAUUCAGUAAAUUUGAAAGUUUGAACGACAAGGAACGGUCUGUUCAUUUGAAGUAUCUUUUGGAAAUUAAUGAUGAGAAACUGGAAAAAUCAUUAAAGAGUAUUGCUAUAAUGAAAGAUACUAAGGAAAGACUACAGAAGGCAAAUUAUUUUUUCGACCCAAGAAAUAUUCUUUUCGCUAUGUUUAGACCAAACCAUUUACCGCCCUAUCCAUUCGAUGAUAUUCAAUGGAGUAGGCUCUUGAAAAAUGCUGGUCUCCAGAGUGAAAUGACUGUAAAACUAGGCCAAUCAUUUAUUAGCGAAGUAGAACACGAAUUAUCACUUUUACCUCAGGAAAAUUCAAAAAGCAAAGUUCGCCAAUUACUAUUAGAAAUUUACAAAGACGUAAGUUACAUGGAGAAUACAGAAAUUCUUGAGGCCUUAAAAUUGAGUAAAAUAUUACCUGUUUGUGAGCUCAGAGACAAACUUGUAGCUCUAUCAAAACCAUUUAAAAUGGGAGGAUAUGUUUCUCUGGAGAAAUCAGUUAUAAAAAAACACGAACUUCUAUGUUGGACAACAGCAGCUAUUGUUCCGAAUUGGGCAUAUCCAAACGACAAUCAAACAGAAGUCUUUGAAAUAAUGAACUUUAAAAGACGACCGGAAGUGGAGAGAGUUGUACAACAUAUGAAAAGAGUAUGCAACGAGAAUAACUUUUAUGAAACAAAAAAAGAAUGUAUGUUGGCCUUUUAUAGCUAUUUAAAAGAGUGUUCCGGUAGUCGGAUAAGUGAAGAAGAAUCCCAAAUGCUUUUAUCAUUAAGUGAAUCUAAAUGCAUAGUUAUUGGAAAUCAAUUCAUCGAACCUAUUAAAGUUACACUAUUUAAGUUUGGGGAUAGAAUGGAACCUUAUUUAUAUCAAUUACCGAAUGAACUAAGAGAAUAUAAAGAAGGAUUGUUUCUUAUUGGUAUGAAACAUUCGCUAGGAAUAGAUCAUUUUGCUAAUAUUCUUAAUUCAUUGUACCAAACAACGGGAGGGGAUAACAUGGAUCCAAAUGAGCUUCAAAUCUCCCUAAAAUCAGUCAAAGGUUUAUUCUCUCUAAUCUCAUGUACAUCCCUAGUAAGGGAUGUUUUAUACUUACCAUCCAGUCAAGGUAAAUUAUACAAAUCUAACCAACUAGUUUUUAUUGAUGAAAUGCGUUUAAACGAACGUAUCCUGUACUUGGAUAAAGAGACACUUAUGGAUUUAAAUGAAUGUGGCUUGGAAUGUGGUAAUCACGAAGAUUUAAUAUCCUACCUGCCAAAACAUCUAAGACCUGUUAAUUUGACGGAAAUUGUUCAAGAGGAAUUGACAACCAGUCUUAUAGCUACACAAUCAAAAAUUGCUAAAGUCAUGAAAGAGCGUCUCUUUAGCAAUGAAUUUGCAUACGGCAUCAUUAGGAUAAUUAAUCACCGUCAGCAUUUUGCCAAUCAUGAGUUUAUUAAAAAUAAGCUGAAAAUGUUAAAUGUUCAAAGUGUAGAAAAGAUUGUCACUCAUUUAGUACACAGAGGAGAAAAAUUACCUCAAAGCGAAACGGAACUCAAUUGCUUUUAUAAGGAAAACGUAUUAUUUAUAUCUCAAACAGCGUCGAUAUCAGAAGAAAUGUUGGUUAAUAUAGCUGAAACCUUAUGUAAAUUCAUCAAGAAUAAAACUCUUCGAUCUCUUAUUCAUUUAUUACCACCUAUUUUGACUUGCUCUCCAUCUCAAAUUUCAGCUAUACUUGAUAAACUACAAGUUCGUCCAUACAAAAGUACUUCAUUGCCAUCAGUUGGCUUACCAGUUUCGAAACAGGAUCAGUUGCGAUUGGGUCAGACAAUGAACAAAUAUAACGAAGGAGAAUGGGUCGGAGUAGUUAUAGAUGGUGCUGCCGUUUACGGAGUCAUCUUGGAAAGACAAGACGUUGAAGAUGACGAUGGGUUAAUGCUGUCGUUUUAUAUUGUCGAUAUUGGUAAUCGGAAGGUUGAUUUGAGUCAAUCGGAUAUAUAUCAAUUCGAUAGAGUAAAAUCUAACAGGCCAACAUCAAUGCCUCCUCCAACUACAGAAAGGAAACCAUACCCUGAGUCUAUUCCUAAAGAGCCAAGGGAAAGAUCAGAGCCUAGGGUAAAAAGACAACCAUCUCCCACGCCAGUAUUUACGUCUACGACCGAGUCUCCCCCUCAUCCAAUGCCUGUAAAAACUGAAAUUCCCGAAACAAAAAAGCCCACUCCAAAGUUCAGUUCAGGGAGCAAAGAUGAUAGUGAUCCCUUUGGCACAGCUAAAACUAGGAGAGCGGGAGCAACGAGACGUAAAAUGGAGAGGCGGUGGCAGACUACAGAGGGAGUUUCCCCUGGUCAAAGCCCUCCUAGGGGCAGUAACUAUUGGAAAGAUUUUAUAAAUAACUUGAAUACAGAACAAGAAGCUAGUCCUAAUUUAGGUAGAAAAUUCAGCCCUGAAAAAACUUCUAGUUGGCAUGAAAGUGCUCCUCAACAGCCACCAGAAAGUAGUUAUAUGAGAAGAGAAAGUUCACCACCUAAAACGACUGAAGAGGCUAAAGAAAAGAAACCAAGACCACAUUCCUAUCAUUAUAAUGAAUCCCGGGAAAAAAAGGAAAGACCGUCUCGUUUCAGUCAGUUUUCAAAUAAACCUAGAACAAAUAUAGAAGAAACCUUUUCGAAGAAACGCGAAAAUGAACCUGCUAUGGAUGAGACAGAUAUCCCGAAAGUUCGGGUAACUUGUAGUGCUACUGAUAAGCAGGACGAAAGAACGGAAGAUACACCGGAAGAGAAGUCGGAAGAAAGUUCAGAUUCUUCAGAACCAUCAUCUGAAGAAAAAGAAAAGAGUGAAGAGGAAGCAGAACUGGAGCAAUUACUAAAUUCUAUUUCAGAUCAGAUGGAAGACUCGUGGAAGUUAGAAAAUGGAAAAAAGAAGAGGGCUAUUAAACAAUUAUUAUUAAAGUGGCAUCCAGAUAAAAAUGUCGAUAACGAACAAAUAGCUACAGUAGUUACUCAGCAUAUUCACGCUGAGGUAGAGAGACUAGAGGCCGGUUUACCUAGACCCCAAACGUUUCAUCCGAAUUUUCACGAAGAAUACAACUUGAAUCCUAGAAAUCCGUUCGCAAAAAGUACUGACUUUCAAAAGAAUUUUUAUAGCGCGUAUCAGCACUUUUACGAAGAAAUGAAAAAGAAAAGUGAAAAGAAACGAGAGAAUAGAAAAAGGGAACAGGAACAAGAGAAAGAAAAAGAACAGAAUACACAUAUAGAAAUUGCCAAAGACUUUUUAAAACUUGCCAAAAGCGAUAUCGAAUCUGUUAAAAAUGACACAAACGUAACUCAGCCAUCAUUUGCCUGGGCUUGCUUAAAAGCCCACCAGGCUGGGGAAAAGGCAUUAAAAGCAGCACAAUAUAGUCAGGAUUCCGUUUGCAGUUUUAAUCACGAUUUAACAACAUUGGCAGCUACAUUUCGAUCGAAUAUUGAACUUCAGAGAAUUAGCAAUAAACUACAAACUUUAGUUGGCAAUGCUUCAAUUUUAUACAAUCCAGAUCCCGCUCUAAGUGGGCAAACAUCUUUUACAAAGCAAAAAGCGGAUGAAGCAACUCAAUUAGCCAGUCAAAUAAUUUAUAUUAUUGAGAAGAAUUUUUUCUGAAAAGCAUUAAAUGAUAAGUUAAAAAUUUAGGAAAAUUUUCUUAAUUUAUUAAUGUUUUUAAUGUAUAAAUAAAGAAACAAAAAGCUCUAUAAAUUUUUGAAAAAUACGCUUUGUUUUUUUUUGUAUUAAAAGGAA